AUGCACACAGCCCACCCGCUAGAGCCUGAUGAAGCCCGAAUCAGGCAGAUGAUUGACGCCGUGGUAGACCACAUUUGCGACGUUCAGCGAGAGCUCGCUGACGCGCCGGUCGAUACCAGCGGCUCUGCAAAUGAAGCCUUCCUCAAAUCCUUGAUCGAACCGCUGCCCGAGGAUGGGGUCGAGCUGCGGAGCCUACUGCACACUGUGUUUGAACACAGUGCCACCAACAGUCUCAACACCGCUUCUCCCGGCUUCAUGGCCUACGUUCCAGGCGGCGGUAUCUUCGAAGCCGGGCUGGCGGACUUGAUCUCGACAACGCUGAAUCGCUAUGUGGGUGUCGCCGUCGUUGCGCCGGCCCUGACUCAGCUGGAGGCCAAUGUGGUCCGGUGGUUCGCUGAGAUCAUCGGUUACCCGCCUGCAGCUCGGGGUUUUCUGACUUCGGGCGGUUCCCUGGCGACCUUAAGCGCGGUCAUCACAGCCCGCCACAAACAGCUCGGCGAGCAGUUUCUCGAUGGUACUGUUUAUGUAUCGGACCAGGCUCACCACUGCGUCGACAAGGCAGCCAGACUGGCCGGUAUCCCGGCAGCGAAUCUGCGAGUGGUUGCUUCGGAUGAAAAUUUUCGCCUCGAGCUUGGGGCGUUGCGCGAAGCGAUAGAAGCCGAUCAAGCGGCAGGCCUGCGGCCAUUCCUGUUGGUGGCCAGUGCUGGCACGACCAAUAGCGGGGCGGUCGAUCCUAUGCCACAACUUGCCGCGCUGGCUCGCGAGCACGGGCUUUGGUUUCAUGUUGACGGCGCCUACGGUGGAUUUUUCAACCUCACCCCCCGUGGUCGUCAAGUGCUGGUUGGAAUUGAACAGGCCGAUUCGGUGGUGCUGGAUCCGCACAAAACGCUGUUCCUGCCCUACGGAACCGGCGCGCUGCUGGUUCGAGAUGGUGCCGCGCUGCGCAGUACGCAUCAGGCCAGCGCCGAUUAUCUUCCGGCAAUGCAGGAUGACGAUGCGAUGGUCGAUUUUUGCGAGUUGUCGCCAGAGCUAACGCGUCCCUUUCGCGGUUUGCGCGUGUGGUUGCCGGUAAAGCUGCAUGGGAUCGAUGUCUUUAGACGAUACCUCGACGAGAAGUUGGAUCUUGCUCAGGAUAUUUUUCAGCGACUUCAGGCGCUGCCAGAGAUCGAAAUUCUGGCGCCGCCCGAACUCUCGAUCCUGGCUUUCGCGUUGCGCGACGAGGGUCAAUCGCUCGAUCAGCGCAACGCAGCAACGCGCGCUCUGAUGCAACAAAUUAUCGACAAGCAACGGGUGGCGUUGUCCGGCACCAUACUCAAUGGUGUGUUUGCGAUUAGGGUUGCAAUCAGCGCGCAUCGGACCCACCAGCAGCAAGUCGAUAUGUUGUAUCAAGAUCUGCUGGAAGCGCUUGGGCAGUGA